CAAAGUGAUAUGAUUUCUUAUCAAUUAUCCCUUUAUCCUCUUCGUCCUCUCACAUUCUCUUCCAACACCCGUCAUCAUUUCUCAACUCAUCACAGAUCAUUUGAUCUUAAUUCCUUCACCAUUCCAACAAAUGGAUACACUCUCACUCACUCCUCACCUCUCCCGCCUUAAACUUACUGUUUCUCCACCAUUACACCCACCUUAUUUUCUCUCUCCUCACCCUCUUCUCCGCCGUCACAACCACCUUACUUUCUCUCUCCUCGCUCAACAAUCCCCUUUGUCUCCAACAACAACAGCAACAUCAUAUGAUACUUACGAUGAAGAUGAAUCCUAUGGAGAAGUCAAUCGAAUCAUCGGCAGCCGCGUCUCAUCCACUUCUCCGACCGCCAUGGAAUACCUCAUAGAAUGGAAAGAUGAACAUGCACCUACGUGGGUCCCAUCUAACUACAUAGCAGCAGACGUCGUUUCGGAUUAUGAAACUCCUUGGUGGACCGCCGCUAAAAAGGCUGAUGCUAAUGAGCUGAAGAAAAUCAUGGAGCAGCCGGAAUCUUCUGCACGUGAUGUGGAUGCUGUUGACUCCGACGGCCGUACAGCUCUACACUUUGUUGCAGGUCUAGGGUCUGACACGUGUAUUAUGCUUCUAGCAACAUAUGGAGCUGAUGUGAACAGAAAAGAUGUAUCUGGAGGCGGGCUUACUCCGCUGCAUAUGGCAGCUGGAUAUGCCCGCCCUGAAGCUACACGGGCACUCCUCGAAGCAGGAGCAGACCCGGAGAUAGAAGACGGGAAAGGAAGAACCCCAUUAGAUUUAGCUACAGAAGUUUUGAAGGCAACCCCUAAAGGAAAUUUAAUGCAAUUAGGCAGGAGAAUUGGGUUGGAGAAUGUGGUGAAGAUAUUAGAAGGAACAAUUUAUGAAUACGCAGAAGUGGAGGGGAUUUUGGAGAAAAGGGGAAAAGAUGAAAACUUGGAGUAUUUGGUGAAAUGGAGAGAUGGAGGAGAGAAUGAAUGGGUAAAAGCAAGAUUAAUUGGUGAAGAUUUGGUAAGAGAUUAUGAAGAAGGACUUGAAUAUGCUGAAGCAGUUGGUGUGUUCGGGAAGAGAAUUGGGGAUGAUGGGAAAAAUGAGUUUCUGGUUAAAUGGGUUGAUAUUGAAGAUCCUACUUGGGAGCCUGAAGAGAACGUUGAUCCUGAUUUGAUUAAAGAAUUUGAAGAGUCUCAAAUUAGUCCAAAUAAUACAAGUAGUGGUAGUAGUGCUGGCACUUGAAUUUUUGUUUCCUUGGAAUUUUUGACUCUAAAAUGUAAUGUUUGAUGCUCAUUUUUUUUCAAUUGUAGUGUGUUUAUGGUAAAGAUUAGAAAAGGAUGACAAUGUGGAAUAACUCAGAAUUUUCAUUUCAUAA